GUAAAUUGUUUUGAGCCGGUGAUACAAAAUUGGGUAAAAUUGGUUACAUUUGAUUUGCGAUGCAUUCGUCGGCUAAAAAAUUGCACAGAGUACUUUCAUCAAGUGAAAUUCGAAAAGCUUUUGUUGAUUAUUUUAUGUUAAAUCAUGAUCACAAAUUUGUACGGUCGAGUCCCGUGGUACCAUUUUGCGAUCCAACUGUAGCUUUUGUUAAUGCAGGAAUGAAUCAGUUCAAAUCUGUAUUUUUGGGCAAAACUGAACCGCCCUACAAACGUGUUACAAAUUCCCAAAAGUGCGUACGAGUUGGUGGAAAACAUAAUGAUCUUUCUAUUGUCGGUCAGGAUAGCUAUCAUCACACAUUUUUCGAAAUGUUAGGAAAUUGGUCUUUUGGUGAUUACUUUAAGCGCGAAGCAUGUGCUAUGGCACUUGAUUUACUACGAGGUCCCUAUAACAUCGAUCCUAAUCGCCUUUAUGUUACUUAUUUCGCUGGUGAUAAGGUGCUUGGAUUACCUGCGGACUUAGAGUGUUUCGAAAUAUGGCGUAGUCUUGGCUUCCCCUCUGAACGUAUAUUACCAUUCGGAAGUAAAGACAAUUUCUGGGAAAUGGGAGAAACUGGUCCAUGUGGUCCAUGCACCGAAAUACACAUAGAUCAUCAACCUGAACUUAUAAAUUCUUCAAAUGAUCGCGCCAAGUUGGUUAAUACUGAUCGACCGGAUGUAACAGAACUGUGGAAUUUAGUUUUUAUACAAUAUAAUAGGAAUAAAGAUGGUAGCAUCACACAGUUGCCAGCGCAUCAUGUAGAUACUGGAAUGGGUUUUGAGAGGCUAACAGCUAUUCUGCAAAACAAAAUGUCGAAUUAUGACACCGAUCUUUUCACACCUAUUUUUAAUCAAAUACAAAAGGUAUCAAAAGCACCAGAUUAUAGCGGUAUAUUUCCUUCUAAUACAGAUGAAGCAAUUUUGGAUACUGGUUACAGAAUUUUAGCCGACCAUACCAGAAUGAUUACUGCAUGUCUCUCCGAUGGCAUGUUACCUGAUCAGAAUCAAAAACUACGUCGUGUAUUGCGUAAGGCAUUUACAAUUUCUGAACAAACAUUUGCAAAUGAAAAUUUAGUGGCUCAAUUGGUGCCAAUAGUUGUAGAAACUUUGGGAUCAGCAUACCCUGAAAUGUAUAUUAAACAACAUGCGGUACUGGAACUAAUUGAACAUGAACGUGAAGUAUAUAAAAUUCUACGUGAAACUUCCUCAAAAGCAUUUAUUGAAGCGUUAACAGAAUUUCCAAAUUUAGAAGAUAUAGAUUUAAUGGAAUGUCCUGGUUUUGUACCAGCCUAUCGUGACUUACAGUCGCAAAAACCACAUUUUAUAAAUAAUACACUACCAGGAAAAUUUCUUUUUAAAUUACGCGAUACCUAUGGUUUAACUGAAGAAAAUUUUCAUAAAUUAGCUGAAUUGGAAAACAUGUCUUGCGAUCUUAAAGGCUAUAAAGAAGAAUUAUGUAAUGCAAAAUAUAAAACUAAAUGCGCUAUGACAAAAGUUGAAGACAAUAAAAAUUUAUCUAAGCAAUGGAAAUGCAUUGAUGAAGUCCUGAAUAGUUACACCGCACAAUUACCGACCACAAAUAAUAGUUUAAAAUAUAAUUACUCAUAUGACGCUUCCUCAAGUAAAUAUAACAUAAACGCAGCUAUAGCACAAAUACAAGGCCUAACACAUAACGAUAGUAUUGCGAAUGAACUAAAUAUGACUAAUGUAGACACAAAUGAUGAUGUUAUCUGCAUAAUAACUGAUCGAAGUAAUUUUUAUUAUGAAUCUGGUGGUCAGCAAUCUGAUCGUGGUAAAGUCCUUAUAAAAUUAGAUGAUGGAAAAUGCUCCGAAUUGAAUAUUGUUGAUGUGAAAUUUAUUAAUAAUUGUGUGGUGCAUGUUUGUAGGCUAGAACCAACGGCUGAAAAAAAUUUUUCACUUUGUGUUGGAGAAAAUGUGGAACUGAUUGUAGACGCAAAACAUCGAAAAUCAAACAUCUGCCAUCAUACAGCAACGCAUUUACUAAACGGUGCUGUACGUGCACUAUUUAAUAAAGUUAUCUAUCAAGUAUCAAGUGUGGUAACUGCUGAUAACUGUAAACUCGAAUUAGGUAUUAUUGGGAAAAAAAUUACUAAAGACGAUGUGGAAGACAUAGAGGAUAUGAUCGGACGUGUUAUAUGCGCAUCAGUGCCAGUUGAAACUAAAUUAAUUAACGUUGCCGAUGUAUUACAAGAAAAUGAUAUAACCAUGGUACCAGGUGAAAUCUAUCCAGAAACUGGAUUACGUUUGGUGACUGUGAAUUGUAGUGAAUUUAAAAUGCAAUCAAAAGAAUUAUGUUGUGGGACUCAUGUCACAAAUACUCAGGAGGUUGAAUAUUUUUGUGUCACAAAUUUAAAACAAACGAAUCGUGCACGUUUUGCCUUUACAGCAGUUGCGGGCAAUGUUGCUGAAAAUGUUCUGAAAACGGCAGCUUUGCUUAAACAUCGCGUCGACGUGUUGGAAGAAGAAUUUAAGACUGAUAAAAUGACAAAUGCAACGGAAAUCGAACUACAAAAAAUACGCAACAAUAUACUACAUACAGAUAUGAUGCUUCCUUAUAGUUUUAAGUUAGAUACUUUGACACGUUUAAAUGAGAUCAUAAAAAAAAUUAAAGAAACUACACGCACAACUCUAAAAGAAUUUGUAGAAGUGGAGAUGAAGAAUCUUAUACAGGAGAAACCUAUUGAAACACAUCCUUAUAUUUUGCAUUACAUACAUAGUUCAGCGUUAAUGGAAGCAGUGCCACUGCAAAAAGCAACUAAAAUAUGCAAUGAUCGUCCCGUUUUAGUCAUAAGUAUGUGCGAUAAUAUACUCAGGGCACGUUGUUGUGUGCCAAAGAAAUAUAUUAACAAAAAUUUUAAUGCCGAGAAUUGGUUAAAAGAAUUUGCCACUGAAUUUUCGUCCCAUGUGAUGACUCCCAAAGGACAAAAUGCAGCACAAGUUUCUAAUAUGAAAGGAAAAAAGGUCUCUACACAGUUUGAAGAACAAUUAGAAAUCGCAAUGGCAAAAGCGAAUAAAUUUGCUAAAAACUACAUAUUAUCUAAUAACUAAAUGCCACUCAAAAAUGUACUCUCAAAUGUAAAUUGUUUAUAUAAAUUAUUUUAAAAUUAAUAUAAUUGUAAAUAAGUAAGUUUUGAAACC